AUCGGCCUUGGGGCAAGUUGAGGAAGGAGUUGGAGGAUCUGAAGGCCAAGUGAAGUGGUGACACAGUUAUGACAAGUCUUGAAGCUCUGCGGAGAGAAAAAAAAACCUUGCAGAAGAUGCAGGACGUUGGUUAUGAGGAGCUGAAACUGCGCAAGGAAAUCGAAGAUCUCAAGGCAAAGGUCAGUGCGGGUCAAAAGGCCACCAGCAGUGAUGAGGUUGUGGCCUUAAAGCUGCAAGUCACCGAACUCAAUGGUUUCUGCAAGGCUCUAGAGCAGAAGAACUCUGGGGUGGUAUCUCUCCGUGCUGAGAAUACUCACCUUCGUGAUGACUUCAAGGACCUGCUGGAGGAAUUUCUACGUCUUCGUAAUCUGGAAAAAUGGAGUAGUGCCGAGGUCAUGGAGAGGAGUCCGCCGGAGGCACCUUUACGUGGUAAAGUAAAAGUGGACGCCAUGUACACUCCGAAGGACAUGGAUGGGCUUCAUAAAGCCUACAAGGAGACACUGAGUAGUAAGGAGAUAGCUCUCAGAGAGGAGGAAGCGCUCAAAGAGCGACUUACAAAGGUGGGUGCAUCCAAGUAUCAGAUGUCAGCACGGCGGUGUAAAGCCAAGAGGACAACACUGAGGAAUUUUAAAACUGCUAGGAACGUAGUGGAAAUUGAGUCAGAUGGUGACCAGGAAGUUGCGAGACUGAUGUGGAUGUGAACCCAGAUAAAAACCGUAAGAUUGUGGAUGUGGCUCAUGAACUAGAAGAGGCAAUGAUGAAGAAUUUUAGGGAGAAGAGAAUGAAGGAGCUGAGGACCG